CUGUUCUUGUAAUCACUAGUUAGUUUCUAGACUGUGAUUACAAUCAAUCAACAACAAUAAGCCUAAUCUUCAUCCAAGACUAAAACUAGCUGGAGUCAUCAUUGUUUUAAGUUAGAUUGAUUAAUACAAAAUACUUCCGUUGUUCUCUAAUUUUAUUUUUACUUUAUUUUUUGUAAGUAAAUUUAAUUGAAUUAUAUCCACUCUAAAACUUUGGAUAGAUAAUGCUUACCACGUGAAAUAUAGUUCACAUAUUUGGUAUUUCCAUGUCGAAGAAAACUAUAAUAAUUAAUAAUUAUCUGGAUUAAAUUUUUUUUUAAUUCAUUAGAUUAUUAAAUUCAGUAGAGUAUUAUAUUAACUUUUCUUAAGUUUUUCAUAAAAUAAAUUCUGAUAAAUCCAUUAUGUAUGAAUCAGAAAUUCAUACUGAUGAAGCUUUAGUUCAACCCUCUGAAGUUGUUACUUUACCACCAGCACUCGAACAAGCUUUAAACUACAAAGACGAGCGAGCAAAAGAAGUAGAGGUUGAUGAAAAGAAUUUUGAAGGUAAACCUCAGUUACUUUCUAAGCAUGAUGAUAUUCAGGAACAACUUCUAAACAAAGAGAAUGAAGAUGAUGAUAAUAAUGAAGAUGUUGAUGACGAACAAGAAAAGCAAUCACUGAAAUUAUCUUCUAAAGAUCGUAAAGUGGCUAAAAGGAGAAAAAAAAAGUAUAAAAAGAAAAAGAAACAACAGUUAAAAAAUGAGAAAAAAGAUAAAGAGGCUACUUCAUCUUCAGACAAAGAAAAUAAGAUUCAACCUUUAGAUAUAGAAGUCGAAUAUAUACAAGAAACUUUAAGUGUAUUUAACCUUGUACCCAUGUAUCGACAAUAUGCAAAAGUUUUUGAAAAUUUUAAAAUUCCAGAACCAGAACAAAAACCAUUAGACCAAGGUAACCAGGAAUCAUUAAUGCCUAAUUUAGAUCUUAAAAAGGUACCCAAACUUCUUGAACAAGAAGAUGACGAUGACGAUGAACACAAAAUGAAAAAUGGAGAAUCUCAGUCUAAAGACCCUGACAAAUUGUCUAGAAGACAAUUUAAAAAGGUUACACGUUUAAGUGUUGCUGAGCUAAAACAAUUAGUUUCACGCCCAGAUGUUGUUGAAAUGCAUGAUGUAACAGCUAGAGAUCCUCAUCUUUUAAUACAGUUAAAAGCACAUCGCAAUACAGUACCAGUACCUCGUCAUUGGUGCUUUAAACGGAAGUAUUUACAAGGUAAGCGGGGUAUUGAAAAACCUCCUUUUGAUUUGCCAGAUUUUAUUAAGCGUACAGGUAUCAUGGAAAUGAGAGCUGCUCAUCAAGAAAAAGAAGAUGAAAAAUCUUUAAAAAAUAAAAUGAGGGAAAGAGUCAGACCUAAAAUGGGUAAAAUUGAUAUAGAUUACAAAAAGUUACAUGAUGCUUUUUUCAAAUUACAAACUAAACCAAAAUUAUCCUUACAUGGAGACUUGUAUUAUGAAGGUAAAGAAUAUGAAACGAAACUGAGAGAAAAAAAGCCAGGUGAUUUAAGUGCUGAAUUAAGAACUGCAUUAGGUAUGCCAGUUGGCCAUAAUGCUCAAAAAGUACCUCCUCCUUGGCUUAUUGCGAUGCAGCGUUAUGGACCACCUCCUUCUUACCCGGCUUUAAAAAUACCUGGUUUAAAUGCUCCUAUACCAGAAGGGUGUUCUUUUGGUUAUCAUGCUGGUGGUUGGGGUAAGCCUCCUGUUGAUGAACGAGGCCGUCCACUCUAUGGUAAUGUUUUUGGUACUCCUUCCGAUUAUGAUGAAUCUAAUAUUGCUGAAGAGGUAAUUGACAAAUCAAUGUGGGGAGAACCAGAUUCAGAAUCCGAUGUAGAAGAAAGUGAAGAGGAAGAAGAUGAAGAAGAGGUUAAGGAAGUAGAAGAAGUUGCUUUGGAUGCUAGUGGUAUUGCUACUCCAGUUGCUGAAGGAUUAGCUACACCAUCUGGUAUUAUGUCAGGGCUACCUAGUGGUUAUGAAACACCAGAAUAUAUUGAAUUAAGAAAACGAAAGAUUGAAUCUGAAAUGGAAACCAGUGAACAGCAACCUCUAUAUCAUGUAUUACCUGAAAAGAAGGUAGACACAGUACGUGGUUCAAUGAUGGCAUCAACUCAUAUGUAUGAUAUUCCAAGUACUGUAACUAACAAACCAGGUGAGGUAGAAGUUAGUUUGGAUCCUUCAGAACUUGAGUUAGCUGGAGAUGUUGAAGCAAUGGCAGCUCGAUAUGAGCAAAGAAUGAAAGAUCAACGUGUAGGUGAUGAUGACGGAGUGGAGUCUGAAAAAAAGAAAGGACAAAAAAGAAAAUCUACACAAGAUACAAAAACUAGUAAAAAAUAUAAAGACUUCAAAUUUUAAAAGAUUAUGUAAAAUCAGAGUAUUAAUAAGAUUUUAAGUAUUUUGUACUUUCUUAAUUUCUUUUUGAUUUAUUAAAAUAUUUAAAAUUAAUGGUAAAUAAAUUCAAUAAGUUUUAAAUGAUUAACAUUUAUUUAAUCUACUGUACUGGUUAAAAUUUUUUAAAAGUGAUUUAGAAAUUAUUAUAGAAUUAAAUGUAUAAUGGGCGGCCUUAAAUACAAAGUUACAUACACACAA